AACACUCUCUCUCUCUCUCUCUCUUUCUAAUCAAAAUCCGAAUUUGAUCAAGAAACUUUACUAGAUUCCAGACAAAGAGAUGGUUUCUCCCGCUUCCCUCCCUUCGCCGGCGCCGGAGAGGGGAUCCUGGGUCUCCGACGUCGAGGCCAUCCUGAACUACGAGUUCAAGAACCCGAAGCUGCUCGAGCAGGCCCUGACGCACUCCUCCGUCCCGGACGCUCCGUCCUACGAGCGGCUCGAGUUCUUCGGCGACCGCGUCCUAAACCUCGUGGUCAGCGACCACCUGUUCUGGGCGUACCCCGACCUCAAACAGGGAAAGCUCACGAAGCUGCUGUGGGCGAACGUCAGCACGGAGAAGCUCGCGCGGGUGGCCGUGCAUCGCGGGCUUUAUCAGUUCCUUAGGGACAAGAUGCAGUACUCGGAUGACCAGGUUAGCGAGUUUGCUGGAGCAAUUAAGAAGGAAGAUGGUGCUGUCGCACAUGGGGGAUUAGUUAAAGCCCCAAAAUUUCUUGCAGAUAUUGUAGAAUCUGUGGCUGCUGCUAUCUAUAUCGAUGCUGGCUCAGAUUUAAAGAAAUUUUGGAAGAUUUUCAAAGGUUUACUGGAGCCUAUUGUUGGCCCUAAAGAAUUGCAACAGCAGCCUCAGCCGAUCACAAUGCUAUAUGAGGUUUAUCAAAAGCAGGGAAAGGAUGUAGAGAUUACGCAAGAGAAGAUAGAUUCAACUUAUAUAGCUAGGGUCAGUGUAGAUGGGAAGGAUGUUGCCUUAGGUACUUCUGAGCAUAAGGUAAUUGCUAGGAUUAAUGCCGCUCGCAGAUGUUUGUCUCAACAUCCUCAACAGAACCCGUCAUCCAUCGGUUUGAUGGCCCAUUGCAAAUUAAGGAUGCCAAACAGAAGCUAAACGAGCUUUGUGACAAGAACAAAUGGCCCAAACCUGACUACCGAACGGAGGAGUCGGGCCCCCAGAAUAGCAAGGAAUAUGCUUGCACAGUUGUAGUUAAGAGUGACGUUGUCCACACUGAAGUGGGAGAAAAAAGAUCAAGAAAAAAAGAGGCAAGGAGGUAUGCUGCUUACCGAAUGUUGCUUGCGUUGAAGCCAAUCUAAUAAUCUUUGAGUCUCCUCCGAGCAUGGGAAUGUGAAGAGAAACGCUUUGUUAUUCUUUGCAACUAUGAAAGGAUGCGAUCUUUCAUAUUGUUAUGGUUGGUUGAGACACAUGGUUAAUUAUAUUUGUUGAAAACAUGGAAUGUUUGGGUGGGUAAAUUAUUAGGUUUUCCAUUGGAUUUCAAAUUUCUCAA